AUCCUACUGUCCUCAAAAUCCCCCCAAACUUUAACCAUCCCAAACUACUCGUUAUCAUGGGUUCCUUAAACUACAAUUACUCCUUCCAUCACAUCUCCAAGGACCAAGAUCAGAUUACCACAUCUAUCCAGAGAUACAAAGCUCUUCGCCUCAAAGCCCUUCUCCUCUCGCCGACCUCUUUCUCAUCAACUUAUGCAAUCGAGUCUGCCUUUGCCGACGCAGAGUGGGCUUCUCGUCUUACCGCAGAUGAGAGAGAGACGUUCGUCUGUGCUGCAACACUCGUGAAUUGUGACCAGGGCAGUUCCAACGAGCCGGAAUGGGUGGCCCAGGUUACUCUUCGAGGCCCCUUAUCCAAGGACGAAUUCACGCUCCCAGACGACUCUGGUCAGCCAGCACCGAGGGCGGAUGAUAAGGAGGAACGCUGGCAAAUGCUCAGUUUAUUUUCACUUCCUGAUCACCGAGGCAUGGGAAUUGGAAAGCAGCUGUGUCGAGAGGCGCUGGGAUAUCUCAGGUCGUAUCGCAAUCAACCCGGUACUGUGCGGGUGCGGCUUAUGGUGAAGCCUGAGAAACAGGAUAUUGUAGAUUUUUAUCGUCGGUUGGGGUUCGUGGAGGCGGGGAGAAGUACCCUCGUGGAGGCACUUAUCGCGAAUGGCGAUGAGAGUCUCUUGCCUGAUGAUACUAGAGGAGAAAAAUACACGACUCGGGGUCCGGUGAUUAUGAUGUUGGAGUUGUUCAGGUGACACUUUUCAGCAGACAUGCUGCAUCAUGUUUAUAGAUCUUUAAACCUUUAUAUUCCGAACAAGAAUUGAGAUGUGCA